AUGGCGACAAGACAUGAAACCGAGAAUUCCCACUCUCCAUCUCCGCUAUCUCUGAAGCUCAUAGGAGAGCCCUCAAGGCCAUCUGCGUUUCGCUCAAAUGGCUCGGCUAGUUGUUCGGAUUUGAGUAAAGGCAACAGCGCGAUUCAGGCCAUGUGA